CACGCACGCACACAACCACACAUUGUGUGAGCAGAAUAAUAUUCGCACAGGAUAACAAGGCUGUUGGUUCACGGGGUUCACAAGGUUCAGUUCGAUUUUUGAACGAAACGCGUUUACAAGUCUCGCAGUACGCAGACUUGCAGCGACUCAUACACAAGGAUAGUUAUUCCAAAAAAAAUUGCGUGAAUUGGAAAUAUUACAUAAAAUUAAAUUUAAUUAUUAAAUUAAAAAAAAAUAAUUAAAAAAAAAAAACAAAAUAAAAUAACUAAGACAAAAUUAAACACAAAUCUAGAAAACUGUGAUUUUUUUCGUAAACUUCUAAACCACAAAAAUAAAUUGUCCCAACCUAUGUUUAAAAAAUGCUUUUGAGUCGGAAUUCAUCAUCGGUAGCCUCGCAUGAAGAUGCGUCCACGACUUUUGCCAAUGCCACAGCAGCAGCGGCCACUCAAAUAGCCGCAAAUGCCAGCGAAACAGAUCAGCACCUGACCUACUCUCAACACGCUCAACAAAUGCAGCAGCAGCAGCAGCAUCAUCAUCUGAAUCAUCACCAUUUGACCGUGGCCGGGCGUCAGCAACAACAUCAAAUGUGUUGUCACCAAUGUGGAAAUUUGAUUCAAAUCCAAAAUUUAAAAGAAAAUAAUAAAUACGACAAUUUGAAAAUGGCCGACAUGAAAUGUGAAAAGUGUAAAACUGUAAAUCGAAAAGUGCGAAAAUCGGCAAUGAAAGCCAACCGAAAUCAAAGUGUUAAUUGUGAAAACAGUGAAAAUGGGAAAAGUGGUCGCAAUACAAAUAAUAACAACAACAGCAAUGAGGAUAACGAUGACGCCGCCACCGAUGGUGACAAUGAUUUGGAUGAGGACAACGAUGACCUGGAUGAAGAUGCUGCUGACAUUGGCAUCGAUGAGGAUAUAGACAUGGAUGAUAUGGAUCACGACGACGAGGACGAUGAUGUGGAUUUGGUCCAUGAGGAUGAAGAUGAGGAGCUAACUACACGUAUACCAAAAGUGGAAAAUAUUUCGCCGAUACCCAAUACCACGACUCUGUUAAAGGAUAACAGCAGUAAACCGAUAUUGAAAUUUAGCGUUUCGGCAAUAUUGGGUGAUACGCGCGAAGGAGUACGAGUGCGAAAUGAAUUUAUGCAACCACAACAUAUCUGGCCUUAUUUACAACAAAAUUUCAUACAUCAUCCACAUUUUCCGCAUCCAGCAUUUCUAACGCAGCAUCAGCACAAUCACAACAACAGCAUCAUACACAGCAACAACAACAACAAUGGCAUUGUCGCCGCCAAUAGUUGUCAACCGCAAACCACAUCAUCGUCGUCACCUGGCAGUACGAUUAGUGAUAGUGACAAUCAUUCCACCUGCACCGCAAACAGUAUCAGUACGAAUACCAGUUGUAGCAACAACAAUAACAACAACAGCAGUAACACUUUAUCCUCCAACAAUGGUCCAAAUGACAAGGAUAACAGUCAACAGCAUUCAACGGAAUCGGAGGAUAACAAUCGAAGACAUACAAUGCCCUUGGCUACGACGGUGGGUCAAGAAAAGCAAACAAUGCCUUUGCACAAUCCCGGCGGCGGUGGUGGUGGGGGUAUUGGACCCCCAUUACAUACACAACAACAGCAACCGCAACAUCCGCAAGCCGUCAUUGCAAAACCCCUGCCAAGUCGCCCAACACCAUUUCUGCCGCACAGUCUUCAGCAUCCUCACUUGCAUUCGUUGCUGGCUCACUGUAGGAAUCCCUAUAUGAGUGUUGGCGCCCAAGUGUUCCCUCUGCCUCCUGGCCAGGGCUUUCCCUGGGCACAUUCAACACGUGGCAAGCCACGUAGGGGUAUGAUGCGUCGUGCUGUAUUCUCCGAUUCCCAGCGCAAAGGCUUGGAAAAACGUUUCCAGCAACAAAAGUACAUUAGCAAACCGGAUCGUAAGAAAUUGGCCGAACGUUUGGGACUUAAAGAUUCUCAGGUUAAAAUAUGGUUUCAAAAUCGCCGCAUGAAAUGGCGCAACUCCAAGGAACGUGAACUCUUGGCCAGUGGCGGAUCACGCGAUCAAACAUUGCCCAAUAAAAAUAAUCCCAAUCCCGAUUUGUCCGAUGCCAAGUGUGAUCGUCCUCUCACUCCCUUGUCGCCGCUGCAAAUGUCCCCAGAUCAUUCACACAAUAUAAUGUCAUCGCCGCUGCAAUCACCCGACAAUUCCAAAGAUGAAUUACAACAAAGAUCCACCGCUUCAACACCAAAACCUGCCAAUUCUCCAAAUAGCAUGCAAUCGCCACCACCAACUUCGGCAGCAUCAUCUCAGUCCGGUAAUUUGAAUAUGCAUAAUUUGCCACAGCCCCUUACUAGUCUUGGACCAUCUGCCGGAUCUUUUGGUUCAAAUCUACAUCAACUGUCAUCGCCUCCACCACUUCUGACCGUGGCCAAAUUACCCACCCAACAUGAUCAAUCAUCGACUUCAACAUCGAAUGCCUCAUCACCACCCAGUGGUUGUGGUGGAGGAGGUGGUGGUGCUGGUGGCGGCGGCGGUCUCAUGCCCAUGACCAGUGCCGAAUUCCAGGCCAAAAUCAAUGCUGAGAUGCACAAACAUUUGGUGGCGGCCGAUUUGAAAAUGAAACUGGAAUCAACGCUCAAUGAGGCCAAACAAAGACGCAUGAACAUGUUGAGCAUCAGUAGUAGUGGAGGUGGUGGUGCUGGUCCCGAUGCAAUUCACCACAUGACCCUGCAUCCAGGGCAUCCAUUCUUUGCCAUGCAACAUCACUUGCAGCAGCAGCAACAUCAGCUACAACAUUCCUCCCACAACCAACAUGGACCGCCUUCUUCUGGACAUCUAACUGCGGGGCAGCAUUUUGCCCACCACCAACAUCAGCAACUGCAGCAGCAACAACAACAGCAACAGCAUCAAUUUCAAAAUUCAGAAUUUAUGAAAAUGUACUACGACGACUAUGACGAAUCGAAUUCCGACAGCGAUGAGGAGAUCAGUGUAACGUGACCGCCCUAAAUCGAAGCAAGUCGAGCAUUAACCCCUAAUCAGGGUAUAACUUAUUUUUUAAUAUUUUGUAAAUAUUUAGCAUUAAGUUCAGCUGUGUAUUUAAGUAUUUAUCAUUAAUAAUUAUUUAUUUAUUUAAUCAUUCGAUCAGUUUUAUAAGG